AGAGUCGUGACGUCUAUUCGUCAAUUCGAUUCACCCACGCUUCCCUUUUUCUUUCCAGUUUUCACCCCUUAUUCCUUUUAUUACCUUGUUUUGUUGGGUUAAUUAGUAGGCCGUAUCUUGUUCUUCCGCCAUGUCUGUCUCACCAUCGAACUCUCCAAGAUUAGAAUUGACAAUAUCAGUGGCCGGCUUCUCUCAACUCCCUUCUUCCGGGGCGAGAGAUUUAGAUAUAAAUGAGAAGGCAGAGGAGGAAGACGAUGCUCAGUGGAUGAGGAUGGGCGGUUCGACUCGGAAGAAGCUGCGUUUGACAAAGGAUCAGUCUCUUCUUCUCGAGGAGAGCUUCAGAGUGAACCACACCUUAAACCCUAAGCAGAAACAAGAACUGGCGUUACAGCUGAAUCUUCGUCCUCGCCAAGUUGAGGUUUGGUUUCAAAACCGCAGGGCUAGGAGUAAGCUAAAGCAGACGGAGAUGGAAUGCGAAUACCUGAAGAGGUGGUUUGGGACGUUGACGGAGCAAAACCGAAGGCUACAGAGAGAGGUGGAAGAACUAAGAGCUAUGAAAAUGGGGCCACCGACGGACACGUCUCGACCUCUGUCGGUCUCCUCCUUGACCAUGUGCCCUCGCUGCGAGCGAGUCACCCCCUCUCUUUGACCCUUCAUUCUCGUUUCGAAUUUCAAUGUUUGACCCUUCUAAUCACCUUAAUGCGACCAAUAGGCAAUUAAUCUUUUUGGACGAGAUUUGGUUAGAGAGGCUGCCGUGCAUCCAUAUUGUGGCACCCACCGGGAAAAAAAAUGGAAAUAGCGACACUUGUUGGUUAUAAUCUUAUUCGGCUAAUCUUGGUUCCUUUUCGGUUAAGUUUUGGUUUGGCGAUUGAAUAAAUUUUUUAAUCAGUUUGAACAAGGCCAAGUCUUGUGGCGUGGACCGAGUUUCUUGGGUUGUGUUAGCUUGUGUCCUUUGGUUCAGCUGAUUUUCAGUUUGUAAUCUGUUGUCAAAGUUUGGUUAUAAAUAAAACAAUAAAGCACA